UAGAAAAUGUACAGAUACUUUCAGAAAAUGAAAAGAUACAAUCAACCCCCGUGAGAAACUACGUUUGGCAUCGUUAGGUACCUCCCACACAGAGCGGGCCGUCCCAACUCUCGCCUGUGCUCUAUGAUAAUCAGUCCAGAGUUCACCAGCCAUUUACUCAAUCUCAUCCUCUCUUUUACUGUCGAGCUAUUCGCCUCGCUUUCCCUCCCUCUGCCAACAACUGCAUUUCUCUGGAGAUCCGUUCCUUGGAGGCAGGAAUACAAGCUGAUUGUGGAUUGCCCGGGUCUGAUUGAGAUGUCAUGCGGAGUAGUCGCCCCGCUCCGAAGGUGACAGAAAAAUCACACAAUCUACGGCAUUUAGCUCUCAACAGUCGGGUGCUCUUAACAAGAGUCCGGAGGGAGGGAGGAUGAAAACCAGAGCAGCUAAGAAAUCAGGAACGUCUUGACUUCAACGGAGGAGUCAGGUGUUAUUUCACUCUCUCCACCCUCUCCCCCACUUCCACUGCCCGGCCAAUCAGAGGUGGGUUGAUUGCAAAGACGUGAACAUACAGUGACACUGGAAGCAGUUUGGACUCUACUAUAGAAACAUGUCAUCCAAACAUGUCUGGAUGUGUUUUAAAGGACAAUAGGUACUGUUAUUUUCACCAUGUCAGAUGGGAUAUGAAUGUAUGUAAUGUGUAUUUAUGUAUUUAUUCCUGUAUUUAACAUACAUCUUCAGUCUUUUUUUAUCAUUAUGAUUUACCGUCAGCCUUAGGAAAAUGACUGGAAUGUGAUGUUAUUUCUGAGUAAGCUGCUAUUGACUCACGGUGUGAGUAAUCGUUCCCACAUGUAUUAUCAGUAGUUUUAUGGCCGGCUUGAGCAUAUUUCACCCAACCUGUGUUUUAACAGUUGAUAGUGGUCUCAUAAUCGUCGUAUGACUGAAAACAUCUCCAUAACUGAAGACAGGAUGGCGCAGUGGAAUUCUACCGAUUCAGAAGAUCUGCGAGGGAACAACAGUGACUCUGGGCUGGAAAAUGUGGAGCAGGUCCUCGUCCCUGUAUUAGAUGCACUGAUUUUGGUGUUGGGGGUUAGCGGGCACGCCGUGGUGAUGGUGAUCCUGUGUGGCAGGCGGAGAAGGGGGAUGGGACGGAUCGGACAGUCUCCACAAAGUUCAAUUACAGGCACGGGAACGGACGUCCUCCUGCUGGCUCUGAGCGCCGCAGACCUGCUUUUGCUCUCCAUGCUUCCCUUCCACACAGUUGCCAUCACCAUGCAGCAUUGGCCAUUUGGGGACUUCAUGUGUCGUCUGGUGGGCUUCUUGGGAUCGGCCUGCUCCUCAGCCAGCGUCUUCACCCUGGCCACAUUGGCUGUGUCUCGCUAUCUGACUGUGGUGCAGCCUACCAGAGCCUACAGCCUCCUUUCCCCUCGCCGGGUGUCUAUAGCUGCCGCACUUCUCUGGGUGCCGGCCUGUUGCCUGGCUGUACCCCAGCUAGUUUUUCGCUCUGUGGGAAACCCACACCGAGACCCUGAUGGCCUUGCAUGCUUUGCCUUUCUGCGCCAACGAGACCAGCUGAUCUACGGGCUAAUGUACUUCAUCGUGGCCUUCUUGCUUCCACUGGUCACCAUUGCAGUCGCAUACGGCAGUAUCUACUUGUUCCUGUGGAGGAGUCGGCGUGCUGGCACGGCCCCCCAAGUAGAACGCUACCAGAACCAAGUGACCAAGACAUCAGCCAUGCUUGUGCUGGCUUUUACCCUAUGCUGGCUGCCAUCCUACGGCCUGACGCUGGGCUUAUUGGCAGAUAGAAGUUCAGGGGCCACUGGCGCCUCACCACGUUACGGGCCCUUUUCUGUAUUUGCACGUUUUAUGGCAACCUCCUCUACCGUGGUGAACCCCAUCCUCUAUGUACUGAUGUCCCAAAAGUUCAGACAAGACAUACUGAGGAUGUUCAAGAGGGGAGGUCAAGGAGCUACUGUGGCUGUGGCUAUGACUGCUGCCUGACAGUAUGAACAAGUACUUUGCUACCAAUGAAAACCUGAAACACAAACACUGAGCAAAGGCUACUGGGAAUCACAAUAAAAGAAUUACAAGCCGAGUCGCUUUGCUGACACUCGAAAAAAAAUGGAUACAACCAUUACACUCAUGGAAAGUCUACUUAACAAGGCAAAAACAACAGCACUCACAACGGCAGACAACAUUGCCUCUAACAACGUUCACUAGCAGACUGAAUAUUGCAGAAGAAGAUCAAACCACCCUGGGAGGUUCUGCUCCACAGGGACAGAAAAUCCUGAAUCAUGCAUUCCUUGUAAAACAGUUUAAAGUAAAAGGCUCUUUGGUAAAACAUUAACGGUGCCCCAGUGUUUUGUUGUACUGAGAUAAGGUGAAUGAAAGUCUUUCUGAAGGCCUGUUUGUGUUCACUCUGUUCU